UUGUGUUCUGACCGUUGUUAGCGGUUUAAACGAUGUCCUUCAAUAUAAAUUACCUUCCAGAAGCUGUUUUACUCAAGAUAUUCUCAAUUCUUGCUUCCCAACGGCUGUGCAACCUUUUUCGUCUUCGUCUUGUUUGCCAGAGAUGGAAAAGUUUGUCUUCUGACUCAAGUCUUUGGCAGAAGAUAGUCUUCCCAAACAACAGAUAUAUYAACAUUGAAGUUAUAAAGCGGCUUGUUUCGUGGAGUAGAAAUGUCAAAGAGGUUGAUCUUACYUCCUGUCCUAGAAUCGACGACGACUGCGUUGAAAUAAUCACUGAAAAGUGUCCGAAACUUGAAAUCCUUUGCUUGAGRAACUGCUCGCAAACUCACGUUGCCAUAGAAAAGCUUUCAAAACUCUGUCAAAAUCUUAAGAAGCUGACAUUAUCUUAUAACGAUGUCAAUAGYACAAACUUGAUAUCCGCAGGGCUAAAGGAACUUUUCAAAAAAUGUGAAAAACUUGAAGAAAUUAGUAUAUUUUGCGAAGAUGAGGAGAACGAYGACARUACAUUAUUAUUGACAGCGUCGGUGAUUGAAAAUGCAACCRGUGGUACACUGAAACGUYUUUAUUGUGAAAGUGCAGCGUUUUCAUCMGAGUCUAUGUUUCAAGGGAAUGCAUAUACAGGCAGUCUGUCCAAUGAYACUUUGGAAGAGCUUCAWUUACCAAAAUGCAUGGAUUUGACCAAUCAAAUUUUAUUUAACAUUGGCUGCCGGUUUCCAUGCCUCAGGUCCUUAGAUGUCUCUCAUUGCCCAGGCAUCAAUGAUGUUGGAAUUAUUGCACUUGCAGAGUUUUGUCCUCUAUUGGAAAAAGUCAAUAUGAUGGCWUGCCAAAGCAUWACAGAUAUUGCAAUCGAGUGUCUUGCGAGAACUUGCAAAAACCUUCAAUGUCUAUGUGUUGCGGGCUCAGAACUCCCUCGUCCAAUGGGCAAUAUUACUGAUGUUGCAAUCAAAAGUAUUGCGAGUGAGUGCAUAAAGCUUAGAGAGCUUGAUGUUAAGUGGUGUCAAGGAGUUACAGAUGUUGGCAUYAGCGCCAUAGCAACAAACUGCCCUGGUCUCACCUCUUUAAAYGUCAGUGGCUGUCUUGCAAUAUCUGACGUGUGCAUGCUUGUUGUUGCAGCAUACUCAAAGAAUCUUGAGAUUCUUAACAUCACUGAAUGCCUACGCAUUACAAGUGCAAGUGUCAAUGCCGUUGCACAAAAUUGCAUUAAGCUGAAGCACCUUGACAUGCAAGURUGYUCAUACUUGACAGGAAUGGAUUUUAGAUCUGACAGUGCAACAUUUCUUCCAUUGCUACACAUAGACUUAUCCUAUUGCACAAAGCUAACAGAUGACUGCAUCAAGUGCAUAACAUGCAUGUGCAACAGUCUCAACUACAUCAGCCUWGCAGGUUGUCGGCAUAUCACAGACGUGGGUGUSAAAUACAUUGCACAGAACUGUCCAYUGCUGCAAUACUUUGAUAUUUCUUUCAGAGGUUCACAGUCUAAUGYUCGUUUGAGCACAGAUUCAUUAAUGGUUUUGGCUAGUAAAUGYCAUCAGCUUGUUUACAUUGAUGUGAUUGGWUGCUGGAACAUAAACCAUGAAUGYGUYAGCACAUUCAUUGAGCAGUGUUCUUAUUUAAGUCAGUUGAGUGUCAGCCAACUCASUGAGCCUCACUCAACAUGUAAUCAAAAGCAGCAGCUAGAAAGUUUGGUUGCUAAGCACCGWUCAUUCURCAGUGUUGAUAGGGUGUCACAGUCUACAAGAGGUGGAAAGGUGGCGGAAAGUUUCAUUAUAAACAUGUCUGCUUUACUUUUGUAGUCUCUUUUUCCCUUUUUUUAUUGUAAAGUGUUUUUAUGAAGUUAAAAAUGGAUUAAUUAGCAUAUUGUUAAUAAAAUAUUCAAACAAACAUUACAUGUUUUAAAAAUCUUGUUUGCUAAAAUAUAAAGCAUGGAUGCAAAAUGUUUUAACUGGCAAUUUCCAAGAGUUUGAUAAUACACURCUAAUAUAGCAAAGAUUGUGAUUUGGUAAAAUAAAAAACAAGACAGGCAAU